AUGUGCCAAACAUGUGGAGAAGUCGUUGAACCAAGAUAUGACGUCCGUCGAUUGCCUUCCGAGUUAAAGCCUAUUGCAUGGAUGGUUGGAAGGUGGAGAUCUGAAUUCGGAGGCAAGGCCUUCUUCCCUACUAUACCAAAGUUCACCUAUGGAGAACAGAUCGACAUCUCUAUUAGCGACCUUUCCAACAAAGUGAAACCGGCUUUGAACUAUACGGCUUUUGCAUGGGACCUGAGCGUCCCCGAAACAGAGUUGAUGGAGAUCCAUAGCGAAAACGGAUAUAUCACCGUGAGCAAAGAUAACAAAACGCAUGAGGACGUAGUCUCACUAGUUACCGCAAUGAGUAAUGGUGAGUAUCUAGCGUGUACUCUCUAG